AUGGUUCGACCUCUAUACUCCCCCGCGCAGCGUAGCAUAGCUAAGAACCGACUAUUAUGUUCGCCUGCAAGAGCACGAUAUCUUUUCAGCACUUUCGCAAAUGUCAUUGAUGGCAAAACUAGAGACUCUUCACGAGUACACCAGGGCAUCAAUCCAUCAAACUGCCAGAAGCUUUGGGAUGUUCCCAUUGCAUCGAGGGAUGAUCUCCAAGAUGCUAUCACCUCUGCGCAGAAGGCGUUUACCUCCUGGUCAGCCGUAUCAGGGUCUGAUCGUCAAGCUGCCAUUGCUCAAUUAAGAAAUUCUCUUCUGUCGAGUAAAGAAGAUGUGGCUGAGUUGCUUAUGAAAGAAGCAGGCAAACCAAGAAUGCAAGCGACUCUCGAAGUAGACCACGCAUGUGGCUUUCUGGAUUACUUCGCGAAUGUCAAACUUCCAUCCGAAGAGGUUAUUCAUGAAGACGCCUCACUCAAGCUAACCCUGAAAUUACCUGCCCCUCGGAUUCUUGCCUUGGCCAAAGUUGCCGCAGCCCUCGCCGCAGGAAAUACCGUGAUCGUCAAACCAUCCCCCUACACCCCCUACAGUAUCCUCAAGGUAGCCGAAUUAGCCAUCCCGAUUCUACCCCGGGGUGUAUUCCAAGCCAUUAACGGCGAUGACACGAACGGGCCAGAAAUGACCCUGCACCCGGACAUCAAUAAAAUCAGUUUCACGGGAUCAACCAGAGCAGGCAAGCACAUUCUGGCCGCAACAAGCAACACAUUGAAAGAAUGCACCCUUGAACUGGGCGGUAACGACCCGGCUAUCAUCUUCCCAGAUGUAGACAUUCAAGCCGUAGCCCAGCAAGUCGCCUUGGGUGCUUUCUUCAACAGUGGACAGUUCUGCCUCGGCAGCAAGCGUCUCUAUGUUCAUGACAAAAUCUACAAUGAAUUCCGAGAUGCCUUGGUCAAUGUCGUGAAGACAUGGAAAGUAGGACCUGUGGACGAGGAUGUCAUGCUAGGGCCCGUUCAAAAUGAAAUGCAGUUCAAUGUCGUCAAUGGCGUAUUCGAAGACUGCAAAGCAAACGGAUACAAAUUUGCUUUAGAGGGCGGCCCCAGCACCGGCCCAGGGUAUAUCUUCCAUCCUACCAUCGUGGACCGCCCACCUGAUGGAUCAAGAGUCGUCACGGAAGAACCUUUCGGCACUAUCGUGCCUCUCCUCUCAUGGAGUAACGAAUCAGAGCUCAUCUCAAGAGUCAACGACACCAAGACUGGACUUGGAUGCUCAAUCUGGGCCAAGGAUGUGGAGGCAAGCAAGAGGCUUGCGCCAAAGAUCCAAUCUGGAAGUGUCUGGCUGAAUAGCUUUGCGAAACCUCAUCCUCAGGGUUAUCUGGCCGGUUGCAAGGAAAGUGGAAUUGGAGGCGAGUGGGGAUUGAAUGGGUUGAAGUCGUAUUGCGCGACUCAGACAAUGCAUUACUACAAGUAG